AUGCAGUACUGCAGGAAGUUAUGGCGGAAGCCACGGUCUCAGGGGAAAAGCAGCGAGGAGCAAUGGCCAGUGUGGGUUCGGACGCAGUCAGAAGUUUUGACCUUGUUUACAACGAUGGAGCCAUUUGACGCUGACAUUGAUGACCGGGACAUUGCAAAAAGCUGGGGCAUUGACGGCGUGCGUGACUCACGAAAGAAAGUCUUGGCUGACUUGCAAGGCAAGGUCGUUGAGAUUCUGGAUGACGAGCAGCCAGGCCAGAGACGCUUGAAGGCGGAGUUGAGGCCGGCACAGGCUAAGGCGAAGGGGAAAGCGAAAGCUAAAGAGAAGGUGUCCGGAAAAGGGGAUGGUGAAAAGAAAGCCGCGUACACUAUCAAGAAACACAAGCGUAAGUCCAAGACUGGUACCAUUUUGGCUUGCGCCAUCGUUCAUGAAGGAAAACAAAAGGUCCAGCUUUGCUCCACGGCCACUGACUUCGACAUGGGUGAAUGCGAGAGGAUUGUCACUGAAUUGACGGAGGAUCUCAACAAUGGUUCCAAGACCCUGGAAGCUGUUGUGCAGCGAUUGGGUGAGAUCAAGUCUGCGGCAUGGCCGUAG